AUGAUUUUGGUUAGUUUUAUUGAUUUUUUAUUGGUGGUUGUUCCAGUUUUGAUAGCGGUGGCUUAUUUAACGUUGGCGGAGAGGAAGGUGAUGUCUCUUUUUCAGAGAAGGAAGGGUCCUAAUUUGGUGGGUCCUAUGGGUAUUUUACAGCCUUUUGCGGAUGCAUUGAAGUUAUUGGUUAAGGAGAUUGUUAUUCCGGUUCAGGCUAAUAAGAAGAUGUUUAUUGUGGCUCCUAUAAUUACAUUGUGUUUUUCUUUAUUGGGUUGGGUAUUUAUUCCUUUGAGGGAAGAUGUUUUAGUAAGUGAUAUUAAUGUGUCUAUUUUAUUUACUUUGUUGGUGUCAGCUUUGGGGGUUUAUGGUAUUGUUAUUGCAGGUUGGUCUUCAAAUUCUAAGUAUUCAUUGUUGGGGGCGAUUAGGUCUGCGGCUCAGAUGAUUUCUUAUGAGGUUUCAUUGGGUUUGAUAAUUAUAGCUACUGUUAUUGUGGCUGGUUCAUUAAAUUAUGUUGAGAUAAUUAUGAAUCAAGAGAUUUAUUGGAAUAUUUUAAGUUGUUUUCCUUUAUUGGUUAUGUUCUAUAUUUCAGCAGUUGCUGAAACUAAUAGGCCUCCAUUUGAUUUGCCGGAGGCUGAGGCUGAGUUAGUGGCGGGUUAUAGUACUGAGUAUUCUGGUAUUGGUUUUGCUAUGUUUUAUAUGGGGGAAUAUGCUAAUAUUAUAUUAAUUUCAUGUAUUACUGUAAUUUUAUAUUUAGGUGGAUGGUGGGGUUUUAUUUUAUUUAACCAAUUCUCAUUCGUUGUAAAGCUUAGUUUUUUUUUAAUUGCAUUCGUUUGGGUUAGGGUUGCAUUCCCUAGAUUUAGGUAUGAUCAAUUGAUGAGGUUAGGAUGGCUUGUAUUUUUACCUGUAGGUACAGGUAUAGUACUAUUUAACAGUGGGAUUAUAUACGGUUUAAACAUCUAA